CGCAUGGCUGGCCCUUUAAUUUACCCCACAACAGUCAAUAUAAUGAAAAAACUCACUUAAAAAUCAUCCAAAACUAUUUUUGCUUUUUUGGAAAAUUAUGUUGGAAAAUCAUUUGGUUAAGCAUAAAAAGUCUGAAUUAAUUUUUCAAUGCCACAAAAUUGUGGAUAAAUUAGAAUAUUGUCCUUACGACACAACUUAAUAAAAAAAAGACAUUAUUCAUUCCCUACCACUUCACUUCAAUUCUCUAUAUAAAAUUAAUUACUGUAGGUCGCUUUAGACAUGGGCUGUUUAAUAAGAGGAAGGAGGUGACACGGAGUUUUGGGCCAGUAGAGAAAGUAAUAAAAAAAAAGUUUGGCGAAAGAGUUCCUCGGUGUGUCGUUUUUUCUCUCUUGUCUCACUAAUUAAAAUAUUUAUAGUUUAACAAUCAUUAAAUAGUCGUAAUUUAUGUAUUUUGGCCUCUCUUCUCCAUUCAAAACCACACAAUUUCUUCUCCGAGAGUCCCGCGUUUGAUUCUCUGUGGUUUUUCAAUGGGUUUAUAUGUGAGGCCUAUGUGGGGAAAGGAGGCAAGAAGAAAAAAAAUUAAGAUGAAAAUGAGAAGAUCGCGUUCUUGAAACCAACGCAGAUGGGGGGAUAUUUAACAAGUACCAGAGUCAUUUGCGUUUGACUUUUAUCGAGUAAACAAGAGCUGGUGAUCUAGGCCAGAAUGUUUUGUUGGAAACCACAGAUUCAUAUAUAUUGAAUGGGCUGAAAUGGGCCAGAAGAGUGAUCCGUGUGAGAGUGGGUGAGGAGAGAUUGCGGAUUUCACGACAACGCAGCAGACCACCAGCCAGAGUGCAAAUUGCCCUAAACAGAUCAUCCUCCGAAGCAACACAGAGAUCGCACUGUGAUCUUUACAAAUAAACUAUGCGAUAAAUUUUCACGUAGUUGGAGUUUAAUUUGUAUUUUUUGAAUUCUACGAAAAUCACGCGGGGAAUAUGGUUUGAAUUCACCCCAGAGUGUGGCAUUCCAACGUCUGAUUCAGCGCACCCACGAAUAUUGUAUGAACAAAUCGAGUGAAAAUCGUGAAAAUUGGGUGUUGUUCAGUGUUUUUAUAUUCAUGGAAGAAAUCCACAAUAAGAUGCGAAGAGAAGAAGAGUUUAAGUGGAGGAAAUAAAGUGCGGUGUGUGUGCCAUAUAGAAGUGAAUUUGCGCCACGAUGGAAAUGCUGUGGAAAUUUUUAGUGAUUGCACAAUUUGUAACAACCAUUUGGGGAUACUUUGUGAUGGAGGCUGAAGCUGAGGUGACGACAGCAAGGGCACCCUCUGUCCAAAUGCCCCAUAAAAUCACAGACUGUCCCCCGGGGCAAUUGACGGACUGCCGUGAAGGGUAUGAGGAGUACUACCUGGAGCACAGUGUGAGUCAGAAGGAUGCCAAAAAGAGCCUUAAGGAAAUCAUCGAAAAGAGCAAAAAUUACCAAAGACCAGCUUAUUGUGGUGAAUGUACAAGCAGUAUUCAGAAAUACUGUCUGAGUCCUCAUCUUCUGCAUGAUCAUUGUUGCUGUGAUCUGCGACAUGGCAAAGAAGAACUCCCCUGGAUUCCACAUUCGUGCUAUAUUGGUCAGAAUGAAUGCAAAUCAUCACUCGGAUCGUGCCUAAUGUAUGCAGAACACAAAAUCUGCUGCUGUGAUCAACUUUUGAUUGAGCAAUGGAAGUCAAUCUUCUCCCAUGCACUGAGAGUGCAUCCAACGCAAAAUAUUAUUGUGAUUUUACCUCUUUACCUAGUUUUUAGAUAUUUACUGUAAAUAAAAAAAGUGUCUUGUUACCAUUUUACUGUGAGCAUAAAUUGUAAUAUUGUGUGAAGCACCAAAAAAAUCAAAUUGAGUCAGAAUACAAAAUAAUAUUAAAGACAUUUUUAGAAAUAUAAA